UCGAUCGCCCCCGCCGCCACCCUGAAGUUCAUUGUUAUUAUCUUGGCCGCCGGGAUGGUGGCCUUCAUCGGAGCGGUAAUCUGCAUCAUCGCAGCCGUCCACACCGGAUCCUCCAGGGCUGCCGCGGCACAACAACAACCAGCAUCCGAUAAUCACUCGCUGUAUCCGGACGCGGCGGCGCAGAGCCCCGCUUCCGCGGGCUCCGUGGCCCGGGUCGGAUCUCUGGGCGCUCUCCAUGGUUCUGAAACGCCCGACUCAGAAGCACCGACCUUCAACAUCGGGCUCGGCGGGCUGGACGGGGUCACCGGACUCACCGGGCAUGACCCAACGGUCAGUCGGCUCAUCUGCACGCCGAUCCCCGCAGGGGAGUGCAACCCGAAAAACUUUCAGCAACAAGCGGAUGACCCGUCGCUGUACGCCGGGGAGGACUGGGGCUACCUCCGCACCACCGCGGAGGAGCUCCGGCAGACCGUCCUGCAGCAGAAGGACCAGAUACUAACAGACCAGCGAACCAUCCGGGAGCUGACGGGGAAACUAUCCGAGUGUGAGAAGGGGCUGGACGGCAAGAGCAGCAGCAGCAGCGCGGACAGACGCGGGAGCGCUGCGGGGCUGUGGGGGGGCAAAAGCGCGGCUGUGGAUGAGGCGCACCUGGAGCGGGUCAUGGUGCGGGACAGCCCGGGUUCGACGCCCGACGGUGUCCACUUGCUCACCGUCAGGGCUGUGGACGAGCUGGAGCAGGCUAUCACUCAGCUCAAAGACCGCAUAGAGAAACUGGAGUCAGACAUUGGCCCGUUUCCUCACAACCAGACGGACAGCGGCACGUCAGGAGCGCCAGAGGAAGGCGGGAUGUCUGGCGGCCCAAACAGGUUGGCCGAUCCCGGGCACAGAGCUGGUGCUGACAGGCCCUGGAGGAUGGAAGACUUGGAGGGGGAGCUGGAGAAGAAAGUAGAGCUGCUGGAGAAAGAGAGAAAAGCCCUGAGGCUAGAGACAGAGAAGCACAGGCAAGACAUCGACCGCGGCAUCAAUAAACUCCACCACCGAAUCUCAGGACUGGAGGCAGGUGUCUCAGGGCAUUCUUUCCCAGAGGGCUACAGGCUGUCCUUCCCAACUCGGACGAACUACAUGUACGCUGUUGUGAAACACGCCAUCCCAGCGUUGAGAGCCUUCACCAUCUGCCUGUGGCUGCGGCCGGCAGAGGGAGGAAUCGGGACGCCUCUGUCGUACGCUGUUCCCGAGCAACCCAAUGAAGUGGUGCUGCUGCAAGGUCUGCAUACCCCCGCUGAGCUGCUCAUCAAUGACAAGGUGGCUCAGUUGCCUCUGAACCUCUCCAGAGGCAGCUGGCAGCACAUCUGUGUGAGCUGGAGCCAGAAGGGAGGCGCCUGGCAGGCCUACCAGGGGGGAAAGCUGAGGGGCGAGGGUCACGCGCUGGCAGCCGGACAUCACAUCAGACCUGGAGGAGCGCUCAUACUGGGGCAGGAGCAGGAUUCCCUUGGUGGAGGCUUUGACUCAUCCCAGGCUCUGGUCGGAGAGUUGUCCCAGGUGGGUCUCUGGGACCGGGUCCUGUCUUCCAACCAGGUUGCCAGCUUGGCCCGCUGCGGCAAAGUAACCCAAGGCAGCGUGGCCCCCUGGACCGAGAACGGAGUUGAGGUUCACGGCGGAGCAACCAAGGACCCGGGGGAGCCUUGUAGUAAACACAACAGGAGUUCUCAAUGACCGAUGGGGGAAGGGGAAGUGAAGAUAAGACGGGCGAAGGCAGGGGUGAAGUUGUAGCCUUUUCAAGAAGUAGGAUUUGUGCCAGGAUUUUUAAACAACUCUACAUGGACUGACAAGUAUGUAAAAAAUGAAAAAUUAUGGUUAAUAUCUAUAUGACUUAUGUCGAGGCUUUGCAGUUACUUCACACUUCUGAUGCCAUCAUGGAGGGCCAUGGAAAAUGUACAAUACAAGUAAAAACUAUGUAAAGUGUAAUAAAGUAAGCUCCUCUGCGCUUUGUUAGCAAACUAGCUAGCAGCCUAAUUAGUGAAAGCAACUAAUGUGAAUACUAGCAAACAGCUGAACCUUCUGCGAGUUACUAAUGAGUGAGUAAAUGUAAAAGCACAGACGACACAACACAGUGAGGGUUAGCUUAGCAAAACUAGUAUGAUUAGCUCGCUAACAAAUUAUCAUUAUCUAACCUGGAAAAUAUGCUUAUUAGCUUGAUGAGAAGAACAAUAUCACUCUCAUGUUUGCAAAUUAUGUCAGAGCAGCCAGCUAAUUUAGCUUAGCAUGAAGACUUUAAAUGAGGAAACCGCUAGCGUGGCUCUGUUCAAAGUGACAAAAUCCAUCGACCAACAUUUCUAAAGUCCACUAAUUAACAUAGAGUGUCUUGUUUGUUUAACACAGUGGUUCCUAACUGGUGGGUCUUGGGUCGUGGGUCCGCUCUGAAGUUUGUAAAAAAUACACUUUAUUUUCAAAUCCAAUGCUUUUCUGGCACAGAGCUUUUAUUUUGAAGUGUCAUUUACUGCUGUCCAGAGUAAAUAACCAAUAGCUACCUAACAGAGACAGCAAACUAGCUCAACGGCCAGGCCAAAUUCUAGUAUAAUGCUGAAUUAAACAGGGUGGACCUUGAAGUAAUGACUGAGGACAAAUCUGGACCCAGUGGCCAGACCAGUUGGGAAGCACUGGUUUAAUGUAUACAAAAACCAAAGUGUAGAAACGUUUAGUCAUUUGUGCCGUUGAACGAUGACAAUAUUCUUAAGCCCCUUUUACACUGCCAGAUUUUCGGCGAAUGUUGGGCCGUUUUGCUGGCAAGCUGCGGGCGUUUAGACACCGAUGGUGAUCCGAGGUGCCCAAUUUUCCACCUCGUAGGGUAGACAUGUUGGUGGAACCUUUUUGGUUUGAAAAGAACAA